UCGCAUUCCCCGCGCUCGACCGUUUCUUUGGGGCAGCCAUGGCUAAGGGGAAGCAAGAAACAUCCGUUGUUCGUCAGAGGACGAAGAUCUGGAGAGCCCUCGAAAACUAUGGGUGGGAUGCAUUGCUGGCGUCAAUCGCUGCGUUCCAUGUGCUCAUGGCGCCCUAUACCAAGGUCGAAGAGAGCUUCAACGUCCAGGCAAUGCACGACAUUAUUUAUCAUCACCAUCACUUGGAGAAGUAUGAUCACUUUGAAUUCCCCGGAGUUGUGCCCCGUACAUUCUUAGGUUCUCUUUUUGUCUCGUUCUUGGCAUCACCAGUUGUUCUCGCAAUGGAGUUCUUUCAUUUUCCAAAGCUUUAUGGGCUGAUAGUGGUUCGUCUCAUGUUGGGUAGCUUCAUAUUGACAACACUUGGGUUUUUCCGCCGACAGGUGAAAAUGCAGUUUGGUAGUCAAGUUGAAGCUUUUUUUGCAAUACUGACGGCCUCUCAGUUUCAUCUGUUAUAUUACUCAACCCGGCCUCUUCCAAAUAUAUUUGCCCUUGGUCUAGUGAAUUUGGCAUAUGCUUUUUGGUUAAAGAGGAACUUCAAAGCUACUUUAAGGUGUCUGGUCUGUGCAACAAUGAUAUUUAGAUGUGAUAUCGUGCUGCUUUUAGGUCCAAUUGGUUUGGAGUUUCUUUUGAUCAGAUCAGUUUCCUUCUGGGAAGCAUUCAGAUGCUGUAUCGUCACAAGCUUUUUGUGCGUAGGUAUCUCAGUGUUGGUUGAUUCAAUAAUGUGGCAGCGACUUGUCUGGCCUGAAUUUGAAGUCCUCUGGUUCAACUCAGUCUUAAAUAAAAGUUCUGAAUGGGGUACUCAUGUGUUCUACUGGUAUUUCAGUUCAGCUCUUCCUCGGUCCAUGCUUGCCGCAUAUCCUCUAUGCUUGGUAGGGAUGCUGAUUGACCGGAGACUGUUGCCAUAUGGUCUCCCAGUCCUUUUGUUUGUGAUGCUGUAUUCAAAGCUCCCACACAAGGAGCUCCGUUUCAUCAUCCCAUCAGUUCCUAUGUUCAACUUGUCUGCAGCCGUUGCAGCUGCUAGGAUCCAUAUCAAUAGGAAAAAGAAUGUGUGGAAGUUGCUUUAUCUAAUGUUGAUUGGAUCCCUGCUGGUCAGUCUAGGAUGUUCAGUCAUCACAAGUGUGGCUUCAUAUUCAAACUAUCCAGCUGCUUAUGCCCUCAAGUCUUUACACAAGAUAGGUAAAGUGGAAGAUGGCUCGACUAAGGCAGCCGAUUGCUUGGUUCAUGUAGACUCUUUUGCAGCAAUGAAUGGAAUUUCCCGAUUUUGUGAGAACAAGUCUCCAUGGAGGUACUCAAAAGAAGAAGGCAUUACCAUUGAAGAAUUUCAACAUGGAAACUUCACCUAUCUUUUGAAUGGGCAUUCAAGCAUUCCUGGGUUCAAGUGUUUAUUUGCUGUGGAUGGCUUCUCAAGGCUGCAGAUUCAGUUCUCAUUACCACCUAUUAUACUGUUGAUGCAACCGAAGGUAUACGUACAUGGAAAUCUACAAUGCCAAGAUGUUGAAAUGAAAAAUUGGCCUGGUUGCGUUUAAUCAUGGAUGUCUGCCCGAGUGUCUGGAGUAACAAGAAUCAAGCAUCGAUAUCGACAGAGAGCAGCUUUUUGUUUCUGUUAAAAAUUACAAGGUUAGAUAUGGUUUGCGGAGGAGGCAAACUGUUGUGUCGAAUAUUUCUAAACAGCAGCACAUCAGCAGUUGGUUUCUAUAUGGUACCUUGAAAAUAUCAAGUUAUUGGAAGCCUGAGAGCUUGGUGUCUUUGGAGAGCGAUACAGAAAUAGAAUUGUUUAACUUAAUUCCUUUCCCGCUAUUAUUAAGUUCGCGGUUUUCGUUGGUGACUCCAUGGGUGGGUACAUUGUUGAUUGAAUCAUUGUUAUAUCGCAAACAUGUUAAACUACAUUAGUGCUAAUUGGUUUUCUUUUUCAAUUUCUGA